GACGACAUUGAUGGAAUUCAGUACCUCUACGGAAAUAAAAUAGGCCCUGGUCCUACUCUCAACGCCACAGUAAUACCUAAUCCGACUAGUUCAUCUGUCGUGAUAGCGUCACCAAUUGUAGAUCCCACCAAAGACCCCUGCAAGAUGCUCAAGUUUGACACCAUCACUGUGAUUCAGGGACACCUGCAUUUCUUCAAAGAUGGGUAUUUCUGGAAGGUAUCAAGCAAGACAGAUGUAGGUCGAACGGGACCAUUUUCCAUUUCUCAGAGUUGGCCAGCUCUACCUGCUGUCAUUGACUCUGCCUUUGAGGAUGUUCAGACCACAAAAUUAUACUUCUUUUCAGGAAGAAGGUUCUGGGUGUACACAGGAAGCAGUGUGCUAGGUCCCCACAGUAUUGAGAAGCUUGGUUUGCCCCCAAGUGUACAGAAGGUGGAGGGAGCGCUGUAUAGAGGGAAGAGCAAAGUGCUUCUCUUCAGUGGAGAAAACUUUUGGAGGUUUGAUCUCAAGACCCAAAUGAUUGACAAAGGAUACCCCAAAUAUACCAGAGCCAGCUUUGGAGGUGUCCCUAAUGAUGCUCAUGAUGUGUUCAAGCAAAAAGGCAACAUUUACUUCUGCAGAGAUCUUUUCUACUGGCGCCUGAAUUCUGGCAGGCAGGUGGACCACACCGGCAAUGUGAAGUACGAUCUUCUGAAAUGCCCAAAAUAAUCAAGAAAUAACAACUGAGAUACAUGCACAGAUGGGCUGUGAGGCUGGAGCAACCAAAUGUUUCUUUGUGCAGGUGUCUGAAAGAAUGUGAUGCAGUGUUUGUUCAUCAUGUCUUUUGUAUGAUGUAUGUGCUUUAUGCAAUGUGAACAACUGGCUUCUUUUGAAUUUGGCUGAUUAUUAUUUAUACAGCAUUGGACUGAAUGCAAAUCAAAGGCCCAGAAG